AUGCCUGAUACUGUGAUUGUCCCCACAGUCCUUCCCACUGGCACCCUCCACUUUGCUGAGGUCCCUGAAGGAAGCUAUGCUCAAGAGGUCAUUGAUGUUCUACUUCAGAUAGACGGCUUGAAAGAAGAAAUCCUGGGCCAUUUGGAAGACGAAAAAUGGGCCCUCCAAAUGAUAAGAUCGGAACAGAAUGGCAGAGUCUGGGAAGAGGAAGAACUUAAUGCUCUGGGAGACGGUACAAUUGAAGCAAAUACGUUGAUUGCACCUAUACUUGACAACCAUAACCGAACCCCAGAAUCAGCUCGGCGUCAUUUUUCUUCAUUUCCCUUGACUGGACAUAUGCAUACCCCUGCAUUUCGGCUUGUCUCUCUCCAUCCACACCUUUCUUUGAAUUUCUCUUUUACAAGGGUUCCUGAAAUUCACGAUGGGUUCGAGUACAAACUAUAUAUAUCACGUUCAACCACAGUUGCAGUCGCAAUUACUACGAUCAUGGAAGAACUUGGAUUAGCGAAAUCACUUCCUAUACCAGGAGCUGGAAAUCUGGAGUAUGUAAUAGAAGAAGUAUGGUAUACCGAUUCCGCGGAAAGAGCAUCAAAACUUCCUGAAGCGACUAUUCUUUUUGAUAUUGUAAACUUCCCUUACAGUGCAAAUCCUUUCAAAUCGAAAGCCAGUCGCCGAUUCAGAUUUUGUGUUCCAGAUGAGUGGUAUCGCCGAUCCAAGUCCCGUUUCGCCUCUCCAGCUGUGGCUCCGUCUGAUUCGACAAUAAACCGCCUUGCCGCCCUGCAGGAGUCGGAUGAUGAAGAAGAAGAAGGGACGGCAAAAAUCGGCCAGCAGAAGGUACAAGAACGUCCCAAAUCCGCGAGUACCGUUGAGCAACGUGGUAUUGUCACUCAAAGUCGAUUGUCCAACCUUUUUGAAGGGUGGUUGGGAUCACCACCGUCAUCUCCUAAACGGAAUAGUGUCGUCUUUUCUCCGGAGAAUAGAAAAAGUGUCAGUGAGCCAAGACUUUUAGACAAGAGCUCAACUACAGUGGACGACAAUAUUUCAGAAUCAAGCGACGAUGGUGACGAGGAAACGUUCGAGAAAGAAUUUGAAGAGAUGCUGAACGACCUUGGCUUGAAAGACGAGGGAAGGGCACGUAUGCGUGUACUACCUUCGGACCGCAAGAAAUAUCUUCUUCGUCAAAAUAAACAAUUUAAGGCUACCCAUCAGCAAGUCAACGCGAAUGGCACUCACCCAGUGCAUGCGGCCUCGUUUGGCCCUUCAAAUGCACAAGCCCUACUUCCCAAGCUUAUCCCGCAGCUGACAGGGGAUGCAGGGCUAAUUCGCAGAUUUUCUAUCAUGGGAUGGGGCUCCGGAAGCACUGUUUCGUCGCCUGGUUUAUCUACUGAUUCAAACAGCUUGAACAGCGAGUAUAACAACAACAAGCCAACUUCUGCAGACCAAAUUGCAAAAGCCGCAGGAGAUAUUCCACCUCUUCAAUCGCAAAAUACAGGAAGCUUAUGGGCUAAUUGGUGGACAUCCUCUGGCGGCGAUAAAUCACUGACGACGGUCGAUAAAUAUGGCAGUAAGGAGGUCGCAAAAUCGGCGAAGUGGUAUAUUGAUGGUCUUCGCAUUGGAAAGGCACCUGAUAUGAAGCUAGUCAAGCAUCUAAUUACGCUUCGGGUUCAUCUAUCCACUGCAAAAGUGGCAUUCAUUCAAGAUUUCGUAGUUAGUGAGAAAGGGUUAAUUGCUCUGGGAUCUCUGUUGGCGAGUUUGGUCAGCAAAGGUGGUAAAAGACGAGUUCUCAGUGAACUUGAAAUCACCGUUCUUCUGGAAGUCCUAAAGUGUCUACGAGUGCUCCUCAAUACAGAACCUGGGUUCAAUCAAUUGCUAGUUUCUCCAAAUGUUAUCACACACAUAUCUUAUGCUUUGCAUACGUCGUCUUUGAAGGCUCAUACGCUGGCCGCAGAGCUCCUCGCCGCCAUCAGCAUGCUGGCUAUAGAUGAUGGCCAUAAAGCUGUCUUGGCUGCUAUGUCAGAUUUCCGUAUUGCAUUCGACGAAGAUUUUCGCUUUGAAACAUUGUUGUCCACACUUCGAUUACCUCAAGUCGAUAUUGACGGCGAGAGCGAUGAUGGAUUUGGAUUUGGCAAUGAAGAAGAAGGGAUAUGGGAGGCACGAAUUGCGACCAUGGCGCUUAUCAAUGCCCUGACCAACUGUCCCGAAGAACUUGAAGAUCGUAUGGUUCUCCGAGAGGAAUUUAGUCGGAGAGGCUUGAACGAACUCAUUGUGGCUCUGCGAUACAUCAAACCUCCGGAUUCCUUGAUAACGCAAUUGAAUAUGUACACUGAGGAGAAGUAUGAGGAUGAAGAAGAUAUGCGAGAACGAAAGCAAAGCUCAUUGAGUCAGCAAAGCUGGGGUCAUGAACGAACACUUUCCGACUCCGAUGUUGUUCUGCAGGAUUUGGUCCAAUUAGUCAAGCAACAUGGCGAGCUUUACCCUGUAAUGCUAGAUAUCCUGAAACAUUACUCUCGACUUUUGCAGAGAGAUAUCGAAUUCCAGCUCAAAGCGGAUCUUAUGACUGUUCUCGACCGCUUUGUCGAACAGGCGGCGAUGCUUGAUACGCUUGAUGCAAACUGGAAAGUGUUUCUAAAGCGCUUCUCAAUAUCAGUCCAGCAUAUCACUGGACAAGAAGUCGAAGUAAAGUCACUUGAUGAAAGCGUAUCCAGAGAUUUCAUCGAACAGGAAGUUGAAUCCCUUCGCAUCAAGGUCGAUGAACUAAGCGAUGAGCGGGCAGAACUUCGUAAAGAAUUGAAUCAACAAAUUGCAGAAACAAAUGCGCUCAAAUAUCUCCCAACUGGUAUACAAACGUUCAAUCCCGACAACACGAAGAAAACCGGUCCUGAGCAAAAUUUUCAUGGACUUGUACAACGUCUGGUUCAGAAAGAAAAACAAGUACUUCACCUUCAAACCGAGCUGGAUCAAUUCAAAACUCAGAAUCGUGGGGAGUCAAGGGAAUCAGAUGAACGCGCAAAAAGAGAGCGUGAUAGAAUAAAGUGGAAUACUUGGAUGGAGGAAAUGACGAAAUAUAAGACCAAGAUCACCGAAUUGGAAAAUAUGAUAUCUAUCAAGGACAAAGAAAUCAUCUACCUGAAACGCGCUUUGGAGUCUGUUUAUACGAGAUUUUUAUCGAGAGAGGAAGCUCGAGAUGGUGUUAAGUCAGCAGACGUCGAUGCUCAAAUGAUGGCAAAUCAUACUAUACAGCGUCUUACAGAAAAAGACGAUCAAAUAGCAAGUCUAAAAAAACAAAUCGACGAGCUGCAGCUUCGUCUAGCUGCUAAGCCUAAGACUGAACAAGAGUUUAAGGCGAAAUCUCCCCCUCCUCCACCUCCAAGUAAACCCAAGAUACAUACCUUAAGUAGUAGUCAUUCGAUGUCAACGCCGUCCCCGCCACUACCACCACCACCACCACCACCACCACCACCACCACUAUCCUCCACAAUAAUGUCUUUUAUUGCCCGUCCUACCUUUUCCGACUCUUCCGAAUCUCCUUCCAAAAUUCCUCCUCCGCCUCCCCCGCCGCCACCACCGCCUCCACCUGCGCUGCGCUUGCCUAACCAAAGUCGUGUUGAAAAUCCUUGUGCCGAUGCUUCUCCUUCUCCUUCUCCUCCUCCUCCUCCUCCUCCUCCUCCGCCGCCGCCGCCGCCACCAAUAUCAACACAAUCUGCAAGAGUUCAGUCACCAAUGUCACCAUUACUUUCUCCUGUGCCGCCUCCUCCUCCACCGCCAUCUGCAUUUAAGUUGGGACCGCAGAAGGCGAUCACCCGCCCAGUUAAAAAGAUGAGAUCAUUCUUUUGGAACAAAUCUACGAUUUCUAGCGCUGCACCUUCGGUAUGGAAUGAUCUGCCGGCUGAUAUUCAAGUAGAUCUAUCAGACCUGGAGUCAACAUUUAUCCUUGAUGCUAAUCCGACCAAUUCUCCACAAAAAGAGGCCAUCAAGAAGCAAAAUGUAGCGACUGUCUUGGAUAUUACCCGCGCGAACAACGUUUCUAUUAUGCUUUCAAGAAUCAAGCUCGAUUGUCCACAAAUUCGUAGAUCCUUGCUUGAGAUCGAUGACGCUGCGCUCUCUCUUGAUGCCCUCAAAGCCCUGAGUAAACAACUCCCUACGGCAGAAGAGAUGGAACGCCUUAGGUCAUUUGACGACAUAAGCAAAUUAUCGAAAGCUGAUCAAUAUUUUCAUGAGAUCAUGACAAUUCCUCGACUGUCUGAACGUUUGAAUUGCAUGCAAUACCGACGCAACCUUGACUUAGACAUAGAAGAAAUCCGACCGGAUUUGAAUGUUCUUCGGAAUGCAUCUUUGGAGUUGCGCUCUGCGGUUAAAUUCAAGCAAAUUCUUCGAAUUGUCCUUCUUCUGGGCAAUACACUUAACGGGGCCACAUUCCGAGGAGGAGCGAAAGGUUUCCAACUCAAUUCUUUAUUGAAGCUCAUUGAGACUAGGACAACUAAGGGAGGGCCAGAUUGCCCAACUCUUUUACACUAUCUUGCCCGAGUUCUCCUGAGGAAAGACCCCUCGCUCAUAAAUUUCAUCGAUGAACUGCCUAGCAUAGAGGCAGCCGCUCGGGUUUCGGUCCAGGUUGCUUUACAGACAGUAAACACAUUGGUUACUGGUUUGGGGCAGAUAAAUGAAGAAAUUCAAAAUUAUCAUGGAAACCCAUCCAUUCCAAAGAAUGAUCGCUUCAUCGAAGUCAUGCAGCCCUUUGUCCAUGAAAAUGCGCAAACCGUUGACGCUUUGAAGCACAUGGGACAAGCUAUAGAGGCUGAGCUUCGUCUAUUGCUUACAUACUAUGGGGAAACUCCAGAUUCUCCCGAUGCGCCAAAACCAGAAGAUUUCCUGGGCCUCGUAACAUCAUUUUCCUCGUCCCUUCAGAAAUGUGCUUUGGAAGUACAUGAAGCUGAGAUGAAGUUGAAGACAUUAUCGCCUCCCGUACUCCCGACUGUCGCGGAGGAUACUGAGAAGACACCCAAUUCUGUGAGGAUUACUAGCAACGUUAUCCUUCACAUGGUUAUUCUAAAUAUACUUCCACAGACUCUCAAAGUUAUCUCUAAUGGAGAGGCAAAGGCCAGACUCGAGAUACCAGAAGACUCUCAACAGGGUUUAACUAUUGGGAAACGAUCGUUUGGUCGUGGGGACCUAGAUCAGGCUAUUAAGGAUAUGAAGGAGGGACAGCGUAGGAUGCGUCCGGCACGACCGCUCAGUAAAAUAUUUUUCGAUGGAGCCAAUGCUGGAGGACGAUCAUAA